AUGCGAAAAACGAAGACUGAGCGUGGAAAACAGCAGGAUAAGAGCCCUAUCGAGACCAGAACGCCUGCAUCGCUGGGGUUAUCGCUAGCACCAGAACGUGUCAUGGCAGAUCUCGAGACUAGCAAGGACGCUAAGGCGGAGUCGAGCAGCAUUCUUCUGGCGAUAGAAAUGGAGGUGAUUAAACAGCGCCAGGCUUUUGAAGAUGUCCGAAAGAAGUUUAAGGAGGCAGGCGCAAGGGUCGGCUUCAUCUACCCAGCUCGACUCCGGGUCACUCUGGGGAACUCGGAAGCAACAUUAAACAAAGAUGAAUAUGGAUCUAUCUUUGGUCACACUGAAACUGAAACCAUAAGCUCAUCAAAAUCAUCAGAGAGUUCAAGCAGCCAUACUAGCUCAUCUAGUAUUAAGAACAGCAAGGCAGAGGCACAAGCAGAGCUUGCUGCUAAAGUGGAGCAAUCAAAGGCCACAAAGGAAAUUCAAGCACGGGAAGCACAGCUCCAAAAAUUAGAAAAUGAAUGGAAACUUAAGGAGUCAAAAAUGCUGGCAGAGAUAAGGCAAAAAGAAGUGGAAAUGCAACAACAGCUGGAUCAAGAAAGAGCAAAACUGCAGCAGUUAAAAGAAGAAAAGGAAAUAGCUGUAGCAGCCGCUCGUGUGAGAGCAUAUGACGAAUGUGAACAUGGUGUAAAGAAUGUUGAAGAAAUUAAAGAUAUUGACCAUAGAAUCAACCCAUUCUUCUCUAGAGAUAAACCCUGCUUGAAUCCAGAUGCUACAUCAUUCCAGCCUUACCAAUCAGCUCCUGAGGUGGCAGUAAAUCCAAAGACAUCCAAUCUAGCUGAAGCAAUCACUAGCUCAUUAAGUAUGAGUCGCUUGCCAGUCCCUGAACCCACAGUAUUCAGUGGAGAUCCUUUAAGGUUUACUGAUUGGAAAAUGUCAUUUAUGACUCUUAUUGACAGAAAGCCUCUCCCAGCUAGUGCGAAGAUGUUCUAUCUCAGAAACUAUCUUGCCGGAGAAGCACGCAAAGCUGUUGAAGGUUUCUUUUACCGAGACUCAGAAAGUGCUUACAUUGGAGCAUGGAAAGUCUUACAAGACAGAUAUGGGAACGCGUUUAUUAUACAGAAAGCUUUUCGUGACAAGCUUGCAGGAUGGCCAAAGAUCAACGCAAAUGACUCACUUGCACUACGUGAAUUUUCUGACUUUCUCCAAGGCUGCAAAGAAGCAAUUCCACAUGUUAAGGGAUUAGCUAUCCUCAAUGACUGCGAUGAGAAUCAUAAAUUGCUCAAAAAGUUACCUGAAUGGAUUGUUCGCAGGUGGAGUCGAAUAGUUGUGGAUAAACUUGAUGAAUCGGGUGAUUAUCCAGAUUUUAAAUGCUUCACAGAGUUCUUGAGCAAAGAGGCAAAAAUAGCCUGUAAUCCCAUCGCCUCACCCCUGUUGGGCAAUUUCAAGUUUGCAGCGGACAGAACCCCAAAGAGAGCCAGAACUUUCAAUAUAAAUGCACAACGGCAAGGUUUCAGUCAUGAGACACAAGAUACAAAUAGCUAUAAACCAAAAUUACCUUGCUUAGUUUGUAAAAGUGAAACCCAUGGCAUUACCAGGUGUCCCGCUUUUGCCUCAAAGAGUGUUGAAGACAAAAGGACAUUCAUACAUGAAAAUCGGCUCUGCUUUGGGUGCUUGAGAAAAGGUCAUGUCACCAAAGAUUGCAAGAGACGACACACAUGCAGUAUAUGCAGACGUCGUCAUCCAACCUGUUUACAUGAAGAGAGGAAGGAAAGACCUGUGGGGACUACAACAAAUAGCUACACUUCCACGGAAGGACAUGCAAGCCUAGAACCACACAGAGUUGUGUCCCAUGCAUCAACACAGCAUGCUUCUGCCACCACCAGUAUUGUACCAGUACUUGUGUCUUCACUACAAGAGCCACAUAAAGAAAUCCUAACAUAUGCAAUGCUGGACACACAGAGUGACUCAACGUUUGUGUUGGAAGAUGUCAUCGACAGACUGAAAGUGGAUUCCUAUCCAAUAAAGCUGAAACUCAAUACUAUGACUGCUGUGGACACAAUCAUUUCCAAAACUUGGCAGAUAAGUUACCACCCGUUCAAGACUGUGAUGUAG